CUCUCCCGGGCCGGGCCCGUGGGGCGGGCGGCGCUGGCGGGUUGCGGUCGGGUCGGGGUCAGCAGGUCGCUUCGCCCGGCGCUCACUCGGUGUCUGUGCCGCCCCGGUGCCAGGUGCAGGCGCGGCGGCGUUCGGCGCCGACCCUCCCUUCCUCCCUGCGCGGCGCCAUGGCCAUGAGGGAGCUGGUGGAGCCGGAGUGCGGGGGCUCCAACCCCCUGAUGAAGCUGGCGGGGCACUUCACUCAGGACAAAGCCCUGCGGCAGGAAGGGCUGCAGGGCCCGCUGGCCUGGCCCCCCGGGGCUACCGAAACCGCAGCCGUAUCCAAACCACUGGGAGUGGCCACCGAAGAUGAGCUGGUUGGAGAGUUUCUGCAAGCACAGAAUGGCCCUUUACUAUCCCGUGCACCCCAGACCUUUAAAAUGGAUGACCUGUUGGCGGAGAUGCAAGAGAUUGAACAGUCAAGCUUCCGGCAGGCCCCUCAGCGAGCUCCAGGUGUGGCAGCCCUGGCACUGUCUGAAAACUGGACCCAGGAAUUCUUGGCUGCAACAGAUAGCACUGGUGAUGUCUCUUCAGAUUACAAUGAGGCUGACUGGUCACAGGAGUUCAUUGCUGAAGUGACAGGUGAAGUGUCCCUUUUGGGAUUACUGUCAAGAUGAAUGUCAGUCACAUGCCUGUGUAUAGUGAAGAGUUAGUGAAUGUGAAAUUGGGAGUCUUGCUUUGGGCCCAGCAGUCAUUGUUUCCUGCAGCAGCUUUAAUGGGGUGGUGGGUAGGGAAGCUGCUUUGUGAUAGCUUAGCCAAAUUG